AUGCGAUCAUUUGAUUACGGUGUAGCACAAAGACAGAUUUCUGACAGGGUAACGCCUGGCAUCUUAAAGCAGAUAAUGAGUGCCCCUGGUCGUCUGUUAACUACCAACCCUGUGUCUGGAAAACAACAGAGCUAUCUCUUUUGGUUACGUUCGCCGACAUUCAAAUAUAGCGACAAGCUUGAUUGUUAUGUCGACGACAUCAGUGCCCUAGAUCCGGACAUUCCUGGACCACACCCACCGCCGACAAAGAAAGCUGAAAUAUUCAAUCUGGACGACUAUAUUGAUGUGGACAACAGAGCUGUGAACACACCAACCAAGUUUUAUCGACAGCCAUUGAAGGAUUUGGUGAACUACCUUAUCGCCGGAUAUGACGAUGAAAUGUCAAAAAUCCGGGUCAUUUACCGAUGGAUAACUGGCCAGCCUAUUGAUCAACUUCCACUGGAGAAAAAACCUGCGAAGAGUCAUGUUCUAUUUGAACUGUGGCGUAUAAAAAAUGAAGAAAAAAGUUAUGCUGAGCUUGUUUCUAAGUUAUGCAGAUAUGCGGACAUACCCUGUGUCAUUAUACACGGGACUGUUAAGGGAUCAACAUACGAAGUCGGAGACCGAAUCGACGAGGUCAAACACUUUGGUGAAUGGAACGCUGUCUUGGUCGACGGACAUUGGCGUUUUAUUAACUCUUAUUGGGGCACAGUCACUCACGACGUCAUUAAUCCGAAUGGAGAUGACGUCAUCAAAAAUGGAGACUUACCAUUUAGACUGUAUUAUUUAUGUGAUGACAAUUACUUUUUGACUGAUCCUGAUCAAUUUGGUACAACGCAUUUACCGAUGUGUCAAAAAUGGCAGCUAAGAAAAGAUCCUCUAAUGCAAACAGAGUUUGAGACCAUGGCAUAUGUAAAGGAUGGAUAUUUUAAUUUGCAUGUACAAACAUUGACUCAUACACAGUGUAUUAUAGUGAGUGAUUCCAACCAGGUGGAAAUAAAAUUCACGAUUCCUCAACAGUCGUCAUUGAACAUAGACUUUAAGUGUCGUCUCUUCCUUCUGGAGGAUGGUGUUGAGAAAAGAAAAGACCGGUAUGUGUUCAUGCAUCGCACCAACAAUAACAACACUCUCACUGUGAAGAUACGGCCACCAGAGAGGCACGUGUUCAGAUUCGAGCUUUUUGGCAAGGACGUCACCAUCAAAGGAGAUAUCUACGACUAUGAUUGGAUAGUGAUUUAUAAAUUAAUCUUUAAGUAA